AUGAGCCGCGACCAGCAGCUGCAAACUUCCUGCACUUCUGUUUAUAAUGAUUACAAACUUUGUCUCAGCAGCUCCAACAGAAACCCGCAAAAGUGCCAAGACUUUCUUCCUUCCCUCCGCUCUUGCGAGAAAAGUUUGAAAGUCUCUUACUGCAUCAACGAGACCCAAAAUUUGAUGAACUGCGCGAGGAAACCCGACCGCAACGUCUGCGCCAAAGAAUUCAUCUUGAUGAGAGAAUGCAACAGACCCGGGGGCCCCCAGUUGUUAAUAACAAAUGAGGGCAGGGGGGCCCCCCGUUAUGAGAUUAACCCAAGUCAUUUGCCCCUUUUUAACUCCAUUUCCGCGGACUUGGGGCCCGCGGAGGCCCCCAAGAGAGACAGAAAACGCAUGCAGUCUCUUAUUCAAGAAAUGAAAAAAGAAUUUAAUGCAAAAGCCUUCGACUUCGUUCCCUACAAGUUCGAGUCCUUUCGCCCCAACCCCGGCAAGUGA